UUCUUUUGUAAAUUUAGCAAAACAAAUGUUAAAUGAAAAUGGACAUCCUUUAUGGAGGUCAACACCUCCUAGAAAUGGCCAACAAGAUGAACAAAAAACAAACGUUCAACCUUGCGGUUCUCCUACCUUUUUACCUACAGAAUUCAAAAUUGGUGGAAACGCUGGGGCACCUCUCACACGUGCUGAGAAUCCUGAUGGAAAAAAGGUAUCUUAUUUGAUUUUUGGUCUCAUAUUUCGUAACAUUUCUAUUUUUGCUUCAUAGUCAGACUUCGUACCAGGUACGAGUGCGAAUUUUAGUACGUCUAAUGACCAGACCUGCUCACG